CAGUCUGUAAACAAAAACAAACCGGAUCGAAUUCAUCAUGCCGCGCGUGUCUAAAAGACGAAAAGCUGCGAUUCAUCACUGGAUUACCAGGAAAGGGCAGCAAUUUCGUGGUGAAACGGAUCAUGUCCGUUCGACUACUUGUGUAGAGGCUCAAGGCAAAUCAGUUCCGUGGGAAAUUUCACAACCAGAGGCAAUCGAAGACUGUUGUUCCGUCUCUAGCAGUGUAUCUGGUUCCGACAGCUGGGGAGAUGAUGACAUUGCAUUGCCAAGUCACCAGGAUCAGCGCUCAGAAAUAUGCGUUGCUGACGAUAUUGCCAAUCUUGCCGAAUAUACAAGUGUUGCAGACACUCGAGUAGACGAGCUCGAAGAACUGCAGCUACCUCCGAUACCGCUACUGGAUAUCGACGUUGACUCGAUCUGGUCAACUUUUGCGGACGACGAUAAUAGUUUGGUUGGAACUACUGAGAGAGCCUGGAAAGGCGAAUUAACAUACGGCUCUAUUUCUCCAUCAAACAAAAUGACGGAAUGUAUUCCACCCAAGUCACCGAUCCUGUCCAGAAGCGACGAAAUUGAUCUGGAUUUCAACAGCCUACCCGAGCUGCUCCGUGCAUGA